UAAUUAACCAACAAACUAACUCUUGCAGGUUUUAUGUGCAUUACUAUUUUAUGCACAAGGUAGUUACCAACGUAUGACUGGCAAGGCACACCAUUUUUCGCAGGAAGCAAUGAGUGUUUAUAUUGAAGAAGUAACAACCUCUUUGAACCACCCCAAUAUUCUAAAAAUGUUUAUCAAUUUUCCAACCACACGCCAAGAAAGAGAUGACAUUAGACAAAGUUUUUUCAAUAAAUAUGGAAUCCCAGGGGUGAUAGGAAGCAUCGACUGCAGCCACUUCAAGAUAUUUACACCCAAAAAGGAAGAAGAACACUUAUAUUUCUGUAGAAAGCAUUAUCACUCAAUGAAUGUACAAAUGAUAUGUGAUCACGAUUGUAAAAUUUUAUCCAUUAAUGCUAAGUUUGGAGGUGCAGCCCAUGAUUCUUUCAUAUGGGAAAAUAGUAAUGUUAACAAUUAUAUACAGUCUUUAUACAGGCGUAAUGAAAUUGUCUGGCUUUUAGGUGAUUCUGGUUACCCUCAACGGCCAUGGCUGAUGACACCAUAUUUGAACCCAACUCCCAACUCUAUUGAAGAAACUUUCAAUGCAGCCCACACUUCUGCAAGAGUUGUCAUUGAAAACACUUUUGGGCGAUUAAAGAACCGUUGGCGCUGUGUACACCGAGAUAGAAAUUUACAUUAUAGGCCAGAAAAGUGCUCACAAAUUAUUAUAGCAUGUUCUGUGCUACACAACAUUGCCUUAAAGUACAAUGUUCCGGAUCCCGAAGAGAUAUGUGAACAAGAUCAAGAAUUUCAUCGAGAGGAAGUGGUGUUGGAAGAUGGAGGUGCUAGCGAUUUAUUAAUGGGGAGAGCACUACGGGAUCAGUUAGCUAGAAGACUUGCAUCAAGACGGUCAUAGUAUAAUUGUUUAAGAGCGUAAUGUUUGCAAAUAGGUACCAAGUAUCAUUUGUUAAAUAGGUAAAACAAAAAAUAUACAUACACAUUUAUAA